CGAUGUUUAGUUACAUGUUGGGAAUCAAAGAUUUGCCUCUAUCUGCCUCCUUCUUCUCGGCUGUUGACGUCGAUCAUGUUCUUCGCAAAGAAGUGACAACGAAUUGCAAAACAUUAUCCUAUGAUGCUAAAAUUGAUGAUGGUACCCGUAUGACGAUUCACGACAUCCUAAAGAAUACGAUUUCUUUGGGUAUAGAAGAUCCCUCGGACACGUCAGAAAAUAAUAAACAAUUAAGAGAACCGCUUGAGAUACCACCGGAGUUUCUGACACCAUAUCACUCUCCCGCGAAUAACGAUCUCUUGAAUAUUCAAUGUUUGUCAGAAGAAGACGAGGUCAGAUCGAGAUUUAUUGAACUAUAUAGAAAAUUGGCGAGAAAAUCUGUUAAGAAUGUCUCGUCGAGAAAUGAUCAUAAACAAACCAGUUUGUCGAACGAUGAACAAAAUAAUUCGAGCGACGAUCAUGAAAAAGAUAAUUUAAGCGAUGAUCGUGGGAAAGAUGACCGUGAGAAAAAUGACCAGAGUGAUGAUGAUCGUGAACAAAAUAGCUUAAGUGAUGAUCAUGAACGCAAUGGCAGUAAUAAUACAUCGAGCGAUGAUUGCCCUAUAAAAGAAUUGAACCGACUAAAUGCUCAGAAAAAAUCACAUAUACUUAAAGACGAUUCCACAAAAAUCAAAUCAUCAGACGAUGGUUAUCUCGUUGAAUUUGUUAAAAAGUUUAAAAAGUCGGGAAAACUGAAAUCGCGAAGAUCGCUCCUAAAUAAAUACCAAGACAUCUUGAGCGUUUUCCGCAGAAGUUUCCGGUCACAACGGACUUUUUUCUCAUCUAAAAAUUUAUUGGUGAGAAAAAUUUUCAAGUGCCGCCUACUCGACCUUGGAGACAUCCCAUGUCAAAAAAAAGCUCUGCAAGCAACCCAAAGGCUACUUCAAGUUUCCGCAGAGAAAGAUAAGGACGAAAAGACCAGUUUUCCCG